UUUAUUAUUUUCCUCGUGUUUCUUUGGCUCUGUUACAUGAUGUAACAGACUUACAUGCCUUGUGACUCUUUCAUUUUUCUCCAUACCUUUUCUUGUUCCUUCUGAGCUUAAUCGUAUUCCUCACUUCGGCUGCUUGGCAAUCCAAGCCAAAAGGUUCUCAAUUUCAACUUACAGAUCCUGCAGACGUCAUAAGAGAAUCUUAUGAAGAAGGAUAUGAUAACUAAUGUUACCGAGUAUGAGGCAAUUGCAAAGGAAAAAUUGCCAAAGAUGGUUUAUGACUUCUAUGCAUCAGGGGCUGAGGAUCAGUGGACUUUGAAAGAGAACCGAAAUGCGUUCUCAAGGAUUCUGUUCCAGCCGCGUAUUCUUAUUGAUGUAAGCAAGAUAGACUUGACUACAACUGUAAUGGGCUUCAAAAUAUCAAUGCCUAUCAUGAUUGCUCCAACAGCCAUGCAAAAGAUGGCUCACCCUGAAGGAGAAUUAGCUACUGCUAGAGCAGCAUCAGCAGCUGGCACAAUCAUGACACUAUCCUCAACUGCGACUUCCAGUGUCGAGGAGGUUGCUUCAACAGGUCCCGGCAUUCGUUUUUUUCAACUUUAUGUGUUAAAAGACAGAAAUGUGGUUGCUCAGGUUGUGAGAAGAGCUGAAAAAGCAGGUUUCAAGGCAAUUACCCUUACUGUGGACAGUCCAAUUCUUGGUCGUAGGGAGGCUGAUAUCAAAAACAGAUUUACAUUGCCACCAAACCUGGUUUUGAAGAAUUUUGAAGGGUUGGAUCUUGGAAAGCUGAACAAGAUUACAUUCCAGACUAGUGACUCUUUUGCUGCCUCUUAUGCUGCUGAACUAUAUGAUCGGUCACUCAACUGGAAGGAUAUCAAAUGGAUUCAAACAAUCACUUCUUUGCCAAUUUUAUUAAAGGGUGUACUUACUCCUGAAGAUACAAUGAUAGCCAUACAAGCUGGAGCUGCUGGAAUCAUUGUUUCCAAUCACGGAGCUCGCCAACUUGACUAUGUCCCUGCAACUAUUAUGGCUUUGGAAGAGGUGGUUAAAGCUACACAAGGAAGAAUUCCAGUUUUUCUGGAUGGCGGAAUUCGCCGAGGGACAGAUGUUUUUAAAGCACUAGCUCUUGGAGCAGCCGGUGUAUUCAUUGGUAGACCUGUGGUGUUCUCAUUGGCAGCUGAUGGUGAGGCUGGUGUGAGAAAAGUACUUCAAAUGCUUCGUGAUGAGUUUGAAUUAACUAUGGCACUAAGUGGUUGUCGUUCACUCAAGGAGAUAACUCGUGACCAUGUUCUCACAGAGUGGGAUCGUCCAAGAUUUUCUCCCAAGUUAUAAUAUGGCAGGACUCCACCUUCUUCUAUAUUCUAAAAUAGGAGGGAUUUUAGAAUAACCUUUGUUCUUAUUUCAUGCUUUAGUAGAAAUCUUAUGAGUGAGGCGUUAGUCAUCCAUUAGUAAUUGCUACUUCUUUAUUCACUGUACAAAAUAAGUUUCUACUUGAACUCAUUUCAUUGCACUUGGUGCGAUUUGGUAAACUCUAGAAACAUGAUAGCCUAUAAAAUGUACUUUUUUCUUGACAAAAGAUUAAGUUUUAUGAUCA